AUGUUGGAAACAGUCAAAAGUAGGAAGCAGAGGAAUAUAGAGAGGGUGAUAAGAUUUAGGGAGAAGAGAAAGUGGGAGAAGGAAGAGAAAAGGAGGCAGGAAAAGGAGAAGCAGGAAAAGGAGGGGCACGAGAAAGACACACACGAGAAGCACGAGAAAGAGGAUCAAGAGAAGCAUGAGAAGCAAGAUGAGGCUACCCUUGAUUCGCUCCAGCAACAACUUCAGGUCCUCAAACAAAAGUACCAAGCAUUGGAACAAGGCAUCCAAACGGUCAAGGGAAAUAAUCAGAAAUUCGGUGAAGAGAUCGACGAACUACGAGAGGAGGCGCGGAAAGCCUUUGAAGAGCUUCAGAUAUUUUACGCAGAGGCAGUAACUGGAGAGGCGCAUGAGAUGACGCAGGAAAUGUCCGAUCAGGUGCGAGAAGAUGAGGAGUUCUUUGAGGAGCUCCUUCAAGAGGAGAUGCAAAAAUUGCCCGAUCAAGUGCGAGAAUAUGAGAUGCUCCCCGAGGAGCAGACGCAGGCAGCCAGUGAGGGAAUACAACGAAGCAAGUAA